AUGUCAAAAUGCUCCAAGUACAAUCAUUGUAAACCAUCCAAGAAGCGCUCUGCAGCUCAGAUGCAAGUCACUGCACUGAUGAAGUCCCACACAACUUACCAACAUGCACAAAACAAGGAGAAUAUUGCUCCUCUGGCGACAACUUCUUCCUCUGCAUCUACAAUAUCAAAUACACAGCUCGAACGAGAGAAGAAGCGCAAGAAUACCUCCCAGAGCCGCUAUAGGAACAAGAAACGAUGUCACGAACGUACAAAAUCUCGCACCAACAAACUCCAGUCACAUUUGGAUGAAGCACGAGCAUCCAUGACCGAAGCAUCCUUGCAAGUGGUACACCAGAACCGCGAGAUUAAUGCGAAGAGGAAGAAACAUCGUGAAGCAUCAUCAGCCAAACUCGCAGCUGUUGUACCUCGUGUAACGCCAGAUGAAAUUGCGAAGAUGCGUGUCGUCGACGUCGACUUGCAGAUUCGGUGGCAUCGUCAGUUUGACAUGGAAGUGCCUGCAGCCAAGCGUCUGAAAGGGAAGAAUGGACCGCAAAAGAAGGCUAUUUUGACAGCUGCUGUGGGCCGGUAUGUCUGUGGUGGGGUCAGACCCAAGAUCCAGGACGAGAAUGUGAUGGAUGGGCAACAGGAGGAUGCACAGUGUGCAAUGGGGGACUCUGAUGACGAAGAAGGCUUGUAG